CGGAGAGGAGAGAAGGCGCUGGGCUUGGUGGGGAAGGGACACCUGCGAGGACACCGCGCACUUUGCAGCAAGCUCAGACUGCAGGAUGACAGACGGCGACACAAAUCUCCCGACCAUCGAGAGGAAGCUGGGACUGCAGAUAUGGGGCAUAGAGAACAUGAAGAUGGUUCCUGUACCUGAAAAAGCUUAUGGGACUUUUUUUGAAGGAGACUGUUACAUCAUUUUGCACACCAAAAGGACCUCCCGUGGCUCCGCCGUGGAUCUGCACUACUGGAUUGGCAAGGACUCCUCCCAGGACGAGCAAGGGGCCGCGGCCGUGUACGUCACCCAGCUGGACACGGCGCUCGGGGGCAGCCCCGUGCAGCACCGCGAGGUGCAGGGACACGAGUCCGAGACCUUCCAGAGCUACUUCCGCAAUGGGAUCAUCUACAAGAAGGGAGGAGUGGCUUCAGGAUUUAAGCACGUGGAGACCAACAUGUACAACAUCAAGCGUCUUCUUCACGUCAAGGGCAAGAAGCACGUGUCAGCCACAGAGGUGGCGCUCUCCUGGGACAGUUUCAAUAAGGGAGAUGUUUUCUUGCUGGACCUUGGUAAAGUGCUGAUCCAGUGGAAUGGACCCAGCUGCAGCAUUGCUGAGAAAUCCAGAGGUCUUGCUCUGGCUCGGAGCAUCAGGGACAGCGAGAGGGGCGGCCGUGCUCAGAUUGGCAUCAUUGACAACGAGAGGGACUCCCCAGACCUGAUGCAGAUCAUGAGGAUGGUGCUGGGCGAGAGGCGCGGGGAGCUCCGCGACGCCAUCCCCGACGCCAAAGCCGACGAGCUGCAGAAAGCCAACGUCCGGCUCUACCAUGUCUAUGAGAAGGACAAUGACCUGGUGGUGCAGGAGGUCGCCACCCGGCCCCUGACGCAGGAUCUGCUCCAGCAUGAGGACUGCUACAUUUUAGACCAAGGUGGUUUCAAAAUUUAUGUCUGGAGAGGAAAAGCCUCUAGCCCAGAAGAGAAAAAAGCAGCAUUCACUCGAGCUGUGGGUUUUAUCCAAGCCAAAGGCUAUCCUUCAUCCACCAACGUUGAGGUGAUCAAUGAUGGAGCAGAGUCAGCCAUGUUCAAACAGCUGUUCCAGAGGUGGACAGAAAAGAACGAAACACAAGGGCUGGGCAAGGUCUACACUACAGGCAAAAUUGCCAAGGUGGAGCAGGUGAAGUUUGACACCACCCAGCUCCAUGCCAGGCCUGAGCUCGCAGCUGAGCAGAGGAUGGUCGAUGAUGCCUCUGGGGAGAUUGAGGUGUGGAGGAUUGAGGACUUGCAAAUGCAGCCAGUGAAUCCCAAGACAUAUGGGCAGUUCUACGGGGGUGAUUGCUACCUGGUCCUGUACACCUACCUGAGGUCAGGCAGGCCCCACUACGUCCUCUAUAUGUGGCAGGGCCGCCACGCCUCCGUGGAUGAAAUCACUGCCUGUGCCCUCAAUGCCAUCGAGCUGGACAGGAAAUACGGGGACGAGGCCGUGCAGGUGCGAGUGACAAUGGGCAAGGAGCCCAGGCACUUCCUGGCCAUCUUCAAGGGCAAGCUGGUCAUCUACGAGGGCGGCACGAGCCGGGCUCAGAAGAGCGGCCCCGAGCCGGCGAUCCGCCUCUUCCAGGUGAGGGGCACAGAUGAGGUGAACACAAAGGCAACAGAGGUGCCAGCUCGAGCCUCCUCCCUCAACUCCAACGAUGUCUUCCUGCUGACCACCAGCCAGGUCUGCUACCUGUGGUGUGGGAAGGGAUGCAGCGGAGAUGAGCGGGAGAUGGCAAAAAUGGUGGCUGACAUCGUUUCCAGACGGGACAAGCACACCAUUCUGGAAGGACAGGAGCCAGCAGAGUUCUGGGAAGCUCUGGGAGGCAAAGCACCUUAUGCCAGUGAAAAGAGGUUCCAGGAGCAGAUCACGCACUACCAGCCUCGCCUCUUUGAGUGCUCCAACCAGACGGGUCGGUUCAUCAUGACAGAGGUGGUCGGGUUCUGCCAGGAGGACCUGGAUGAAGAUGAUGUCAUGCUGCUGGACACAUGGGAAGAGAUUUUCCUUUGGGUUGGCAAAGCCUCCAACGCACAGGAGAGGAACGAGGCCGUUGCCUCGGCUAAGGAGUAUCUCAAGACCCAUCCAGCUGGGAGGGACUUGGCAACUCCCAUCAUCCUGGUGAAGCAGGGCUAUGAACCCCUCAAUUUCACAGGAUGGUUCAAUGCUUGGGACCCCUACAAAUGGAGUGAUGGCAAGUCCUACGAGGAAAUGAAGAACAGCUUGGGAGACGUGUUGGCCAUAUCCGAGAUCAAAGUGGACCUGAACAACCUCAGCCUGAACAAGAGGACCCUCAGCACGACCAACCUGGCUGGUUCAGCUACAGCAAAUGCCUCCUCGGAGUACAAAUCUCACUUCAGCCACAGUGACAGCAACAGCUACAGCAACAGCAACAACUGCAACAGCCACAGCCCCAGCCCUGCCAUGGUGCCCAAUGGGGAAGGGAUUUACUCCCGAGAGGUGCUGAUGCACAGGACGGUGGAUGAACUUCCCGAAGGCGUGGAUCCCACUAAAAAAGAGUGCUAUCUCUCUGAUGCUGAUUUCCAUGACAUCUUUGGGAAGUCCAAGGACGAGUUCUACCAGAUGCCCAAAUGGAAGCAGCAGAACGAGAAGAAACAAUUUGGACUCUUCUGAGACAUCUGAUGGGUCAUCUGAUGACUCUGGGACCAGCCCCUGCUCCCUUAGGAGCUGCAGGAAAGAAGUGCAGGCAUUUCCUCAGUGAUCCCAACCCAGCACCCCAAUCCAACGCAGUUAUUCCAGCAGCCACUGUUCAGGGGAUGGCUCCUUUCUCCCUGCAAACCCAGAACCCCAGGAGGAAAAAACCUUUUUCAGGAACAGCCUGACAGGAUGUUUUUGCCUCUUCCUGACACUUUAUUGCUGAUAGCCAUGAAGACAAGUUUGUGCCACAGAACUGCACUGUAGCCUCAUCUUUCCUCUCCCUUUUGCAAAUUGCCACAUGCACGAGGCCAUGAUUUCCUUCAUUUGUAGAAGUUUAAAGUUAGUCAAGACAAAUGCCAUUUGCAGCUGCUUUGUGAAUUCUGGGUGGGGAGAGAAGGGGGAAGCCCUAAGAGGAUGGAGGGGGAGCCUUGAGGUCAGGAACAAGCCAAAUGCCUGAUGAGGUAGUCUGUGGAGUGACACCAGACAGUUCUGCCCCUUCUCACCUUGCAGAAAAGCUACUCAAGAAAAAAACCAGCAAGAAUCAGGUCCAGAUUAACAUGCAUAGCACCAGGGUUUGGGGGAAAAAAGCACUUAUUAUAAGCAUAUUUAUUAGCUGAUGUUUCCAGAGGAUGAUGACACUAAAGGCUAGACACAAAUACCAAUUUUUGACUGCCAGACAAGACUCUACUUUUUUAUUCUCUUUUUUCUCAUUCAGACAGCAUCUGCAAUCUCACCUGGCCUCCCUGAUCAUGGCCAGGUGAAUGUCAGAGUCCACCUGGCCACAGACCAGAGGCUUGAGGAAGCCAGGAGGGUUUUGGGUAUGACCUGAGGCAGAGGGUGUCCUACUGAAGCUUUUAUCAGGGCUUCAUCCCUGUGAUGUCCAUGGGGCUGAGAGUGCUGGUUCCACACAGUGGGAUCAGUCUGGCUGGGGAGGGCAGUGGGAAAUGUAAGCAAUCUGUGAUUACGGGAUAAAACUGUGAACUAAAGGCAGAGACACAGCCUUAAAAACUCAGACAAUGUGGGUUUGCAGCUUUACUCCGUUUCCAACCUGAUCAGUGAUUCCAAAUAAACAUCCAGCAGCAGCACUCUCAGUGUCCUUGAUCAGCAUGGCAGGUAGGAAGGCAGCAGAUAAAAGCUCUGCAGGGCCACAGAUCCUUCAAACACCUGGUCAUCAAUGGAAUUUUGGAUUUUUUUGAAAAGAAAAGAACAAACUGAGGAGGUGGGGCCCCUUCUGUUCCCAAACUCCACAUAGCUCGGGCUAUUUGUCCCCCAGUGCCCAUGUACCCUGCUCCUGAAGCCCUCAUUGGCAGUGAGCAGCAGUACCUGGCACUUCAGCAGCUGGCCUGACUGCCCAGCCCUGCUGCAGGGAUGUGGGAUGGAGCUGGGGAGCUCCAGGCUGUUGACUGAGGGGCAAAGAGCUCUCACUCAACAUCCAGGACCACAUAAUUGUGCUGAAGUGUCACCAUCUGGCUGGGCUGGAGCAGGAACCUCCAGGUGAUGGGGUCUUCUGGAUAGAUCUUUGUGUUUAAGAAUUGGUAGUUAACUCAAAAUAAACCCCAACCCCAUUGUUAUGUCCCUGUUCCUACUGCCACUUCAUCCCAUUUCUGCUUGAGGGUCCAGCUCAAGACCCACUGGAACCCCCUGUGCAGAGUAAGUUAAGCAUCAAGCAGAGACACAAAUCAGCUGAAUUACCUGUGAUUGCUCCUGUUGUGUUCACAAGAGAGGCAAUCAAUGCACAUUACCCAUGUUUCAACCUCUGUUGGCACUGCUGAAAUCAGCAAUAUUUGCUUUGCCUCACUGAAGAGUGCUGCUGCCAGCUCCCAAAUUAAUGAAUUGCUCACUUGCUAACAACAUGGACCACGUCCCUUCCUCUGGGAGAGAGCCCUUGCAGCACUGUCAUCAUGCUCUGCCCAUCCCAUCUCCAUCUCAGUUCUUUCCCACCUGGCUGCAGUGGCUUUCCCCAGCUGUUCCUACCUGAUAAGGGAUGUUUUUUCUUCCCAUGGAUCUUGUCUACCUCUAAGUGCAAAACAGGCAGAGGAAAACCCAGCCUCUCUGUGCAAUCCAUCCAAGCCCACCCUGACCCUGGCCGCCUGGUCCCCCACUUCUCUAGUGCCAGCCACAGGAGGCAGGGGAGGGCUUUAAUAAUCCAACUGGAAUCUAAUCCUGCCAGCCAAAAAAUGCAAGCAAUAAGUUCACAGCCAACCCAGUGGGCUGAUCUGACCUCUCAGAGGAGCAGAAUCACACAAUGGCUUGCAUUGGGAGGGACCUUUUAAAGAUCAUCCAGUUCCAAUCUCCUGCCAUGGACAGAGACACCUUCCACUAUCCCAGGUUGCUCAGAGCCCCAGCCAAAGUGGCCUUGAACAUUCCCAGUGAUGGGGCAUCCACAACUUCUCUGGGAAUCCUCUUCCAGUGCCUCACUGCUCUCACAGGGAAGAAUUUCUUUCCAACUUGCCCCACAACAGCUGGUGUUGAUACAAGUGAGGAGGCAGGAGCACUUCUUAGGACCUUCACCUAUGAUUUUCAUCCCAUGGCUCCCUAAAACAAAGAGAGCACACAGGGAGCAGGGACCAAACUCAGGCUGUCCCUGGUGGGGAGUCAAGCAUGUUCUAUCCUUGGCCUUCAAAUGUGUCUCCACCAAUGUGCCCCAUCCCAGAGGUGACUUGGAAGAGCCUGUGCCACUGCAGGGCCCCCUGUUCUGCC